AUGCAAAGGUGCCGAGACAAAGCGCAGUUCAAGUACAAGGAUAAGAAUGGCGAAAUCUCGUGGCACAGAUUGACGGACAUCGUUCGGGACACCAUCGUCUAUCAAAAUUUGGACGACAUGUACAAAGGUCUGCGAGCGAUCCACGAAGACAGAGAGAUGGACAUCAUCGAGUGUAACGACCGCUACAUGAACCCGCUCGACGGAGGGUAUCGUGACAUUCAGCUGAUCCUUCGCAUCGAAGGAAUGGUCUGCGAGCUGCAGCUGAACACGAAGUGGAUGCAGCACGUGAAAGAGAACGCGGGGCAUCGGGCCUUCGAGGUCUCCCGCGAGGUCAUGGCAGCUGUCGGGGAGCCGGAUGCUGUGGAGAGGUGCCGCAACAUCCUGCAGUGGGGCAAGGAGAUGCUGAACGACGACAAGAAGGGCCUCCUCCACAAGGCUGCAAAAGAGGGGAACGCACACCUGGUGAGCAUCUUCCUGGCCUUCCGCGCCGUAGGGAUCCCCUGCACGAAGCCAUGGCGCAUGGCAACGAGCGGGCGAUGUGGGCCCUUCUCUGUGCUCGCGCGGACCUCCAAGCUCGAGAUUGGGACGACGAGGCGGGGAGGGUGGGGCAAGACAUCACAGGCAGACGAGAGAUUCUUCAGCAUCUACGGAUGUCUGCUUGAGGUGCCCCUCCUGGACGGCCUGUUGAAAAAUCGGGAGGCGACGAAGGCCGCAUGCGUCGCGCGCCUCGUGUCGGUGGCCGUCCAGUGUACAGAGGGUGGUCUGGAGCAGCUGCGAGAGGCGAAGGAUGGCCUGGGUGAUGCCGUGAAAAAACGGUUGGUUAUGAGGCCGGACCUCAUCGCAGCGUGCGUCGAUGGGAACCUUCCCAAGCUCAAGCAGCUUCUGGCUGAAUGGGCCGACCCGAACAGUGCCAGCACUGCAAAAGACGGGCAUGCCCCUCUGCACGCGGUGCUGCUUCGACCGAAAGGCCUCCAGCCAGUCCACCUCGACAUCGUGAGGGCUCUGGUGGACAUGGAUGCCGACCUGACCCUCCCCACCACGAUGUCAGCUGGAGAAACCGUGCGCACCUUCACCCUGCUGCACAGUGUGCUCCACUCCAAGAGUGGCAAGGCUCUGAAGAUUCUGGCCGCUGCCGGUCUUCCGCACGAUGGGAAGCUGCUCAGCGAGGUGCUGGAUGCAGAGCGGCGGGUGGGCCUUCUGGACGAGUCCCUGGUGUCCGUGGGGGAGAUGUUGGAAAUGGGAGCCACUCCUGCCCAGAUCAAGGCCUUGCACAAGAAAGCAGGGCUGGAGACUCCGGAGGAAUUCCUCCAGCAGGUGGUAUUGAAGGGAUUUGGGCCCAAGGAACUGGGACGGCUGCUCCGAAAGGAGCCUCGCUUCCUCACGCCCACACUUCCAUUGCCAGCUUUCGAUGCCGUGAGAAAGGCUUUGCAGGAGGCCCCUGCAGAUCUUCGCAACGACCGCGACAUCAUCCUGGCCUGCAUUCGCCACGAUGCGGCGUGCUUGGUCGAUGCGCCGGAGGCCCUGCGCUCGGAGCGAUCCUUCCUGCUGGAUGCAGUGCAGCAGAAUCCCCGAGUCCUCGAGUUCGCACCGCAUUGUCGGGAGGACCGUGACUUCGUCGCCGACGCAAUGCGGCUCCAGCCGGCCGUGCUGGAGUUCGCUGGCAGCUGGCGCAGUGACCGGGAGCUCGCACUCGAGGCCGUGCAGCGGGCACCCUGGGUGCUGGAUCUGCUCGAUGACCAGCUGCAAAACGACCCGGCGUUGGCCUUUGAAGCCACGCAGGUCUUGGCGCGAUGGGGUACGCGGACCCUGGACUUCGUCCGGAUGGCUGAAUUGCGCCGCGUGUCGCAUGACUCGGAGGUGCUUUGCACCUGCGUCACCGCACACAACUGCGUGGCCGCGGGCUGCGAGGAUGGCAAUAUCGUGCUCCAUGAUCUCAGCGGCCUCAGCGAGACAGAUGAGUCACCCUGGAAGCUCCAGGGCCACAAGCUCAAUGUGAACUGCUUGUGCAUGCUCUCUGAGGCUAUUCUGGCCAGUGGGUCUGCCGACCACACGGUCCGCAUAUGGAACCUUCAUACCAAGGAGGCACUCCACGUGCUGGAAGGACACACAUACCCGGUGUUGGGACUGGUGCGGCUAAGCGCGACCCAGCCAGCGAGCGGAAGUGCUGACACGACCAUCCGCCUAUGGAGCCUCACGCAACCCGCAGACUGCCGCGUCUUUGUGGGCCACACCGGCUUUGUGCGGUGCUGUUGUCUCACCACGGCCGGCAGCCUGGUGAGUGGAAGCGAUGACGAGACCCUUCGGGUCUGGAGACCUGAGAAUGGUGAAGCGCUGCAGGUACUCCGCGGCCACACAGGUAGGGUGUUCUGCCUCUGCCAGUCGUCUGCUGAGCUCCUGGCAAGCUGCAGCGAUGACAAAACUGUGCGUCUGUGGCACCUCACGACUUGGACAGCCAUGAGGGUCCUCGAAGGCCUCACGACCGCUGCUUUGUCGCUUUGCCUCUUGGCACCGAGCCACCUUGCAGCAGGCGACAGGACUGGCAGACUUCUCGUCUGGUCAGUGACGAGUGGAGAGAUGGUCCACGAGAUCCAAAAUGCCCACAGCAAAGAGAUCGGAGCCCUGAUGAUGACGAAGGUGGAUGGAGAGCACAUGCUGUGCAGCGGCUGUCUCGACUCGACCCUGAAGCUCUGGCAGCUGCAGGCAAGGCCCUGA